AAAAUAAAAAAAAUCAAAAAUUAAAAAAAAAUAUUUUUAUAAAAAAACACAAAAAGUGCUAAAUAAAAACUGUGAUAUUGAACGAUUUUUUAUUAGUUAAUAAUUGAAUUGCCAGCAAAUUUCAAGAUGGAAACUUUGCGAAACGCAUACAACUUUUGGGAUGAUUUGAUGAACAACAAAUCAGAUCCCCGAACACGAGAUUGGCCAAUGAUGAGUUCACCGCUUCCCACAAUCGCCAUUUGUUUAUCAUACGCUUAUUUUGUUAAGGUUUUAGGUCCCAGAUUGAUGGAAAAUAGAAAGCCAUUCCAGUUACGUGGCGUUUUAAUUGUUUACAAUGCCUUCCAAGUUGUGUUCAGCGCGUGGUUAUUCUAUGAAGCUUGUAUCGCUGGAUGGCUUACGGGAUAUAGCUGGAGAUGCCAACCUGUAGAUUUCUCAAAUAAUCCAACAGCAUUGAGAACUGCAUCCGGUUGUUGGUGGUAUUAUUUCAGUAAAUUCACUGAAUUCUUCGAUACCUUGUUCUUCGUUAUGCGCAAACGUUAUGAUCAAGUUUCGACAUUGCACGUGAUCCAUCACGGAAUUAUGCCUUUCUCGGUUUGGUGGGGUGUCAAAUUCGCUCCCGGAGGUCACAGUUCAUUCUUUGGAUUCUUAAAUACCUUUGUCCAUAUCGUCAUGUAUGCUUAUUAUAUGUUAGCUGCGAUGGGACCUAAAGUACAAAAGUACCUUUGGUGGAAAAAAUAUUUGACAAUCUUACAAAUGGUUCAAUUCAUCGCUGUAUUGAUCCAUACCUUCCAACUUUGCUUCUGGAACGAUUGUAACUACCCAAUGGCUUUCGUUUAUUUCAUCGGAGGACAUGCCUUGCUUUUCUUGGUCUUGUUUGCCAACUUUUACAACAAAGCUUACACUCCAAAACCCAAAAAGGACAAAGACGGUCAAACAGUUCAAAAUGGCACAAAAGCUGCAGUUGCCAAUGGAAAAGCUGCCAAUGGACACACUUACACAAAUGGCAAAAGCUCCUUCUACAAAUCCAUUCAUCCGCUGGAAACCAGUUACUCUUCCACUCGGCAACGAGUCUUCGUUGAAACGAGUAAUAAAUAAGUUCAUUUCACUCAAAAACUUAUCCUGUAAAUACACAAAUAAGAAAAAAAACGCGAGCUUAGAAAUUAAAAAAAAAUCAAUUAAGUUUAGUUUAGUUUUAAAAAUUUAUUUUUAAUUUUUUUAAAUAUUUUUUUUUUUUGAACAAGACACUCAUGAAAUUUUCUUUAAAAUAAUUUUCUUUUGUCAAAUUCAUCAAAAUGGUUGUGAAUAAUAAUUGCUCAAAUUCAAAUCAAAAAAUUCCAAUAACUCGAGUGUUGAUGAAAAAUUUAAAUUUUAACUCAAGACUCAUGUUGUAAUUAAAAAUAAAUUAAAAUAACGAAAAAGAAUAUUUUUUUUUUAAAUUAAGGAAUGGUUUUACUUUCUCUUUAAAUUUAGCAGAAGACUCAUCAUU